CACAACUGUUGACAUUUUCCUUUACAAUUACAUAAAAAUUAAUAUUAAAAAAAAGGAAUUUUGAUGCAUCUAGUUGUGGAAUUUACUUAGAAAAGAAAAAUCUGUGAAUUGGGAUAAUAUUCUGCUAUAUUAAGUGAAAAAGAAGAGAGAAUUAUCUGAGUCGAACAGAAUAAACAAUUACACAUAUACAUCUCACAAGAGGAAAAUAUUUGUAAAUAUGUUAAAGGUGAUCUGUAGACGAUCAAUACAUAAAAACUUAACAGAUCAACCAAGAUAAUUGGAAAUUAACAAACAAAAACAACAAACUAAUUUUUACAAACGAAAAAACAAACAAACACGAACCUUCGAUAUCAUCACAUUGUUAUAUAAUCAGCGCUAACAUGAAUAGAAACAGCUACAUAAAACGUAGAUCUGUAGUCUUUUGUAAUACAACUGACCAUUGCUGGAGAAGUAUUCUCCACAUUAAUGGAAAUAAAUUAAACAUGUUUAUUUCAGUGUUGAUCAUUGGAUGUUUUAUGGAUUAUGUUGUUACUACAAAACAAGAGUGCAGUUUGAAUACAUGUCAUUCUAUAUUAUCAGAUUCUGCUGCACGUGUUAUCCAAUCGAAUCGAUGUACUACUGAAGAACGUCAGAAAAGAAUCCAGUGUUUUGAUGUAUUGCCAGCAGAACAAUAUGCUAUACCACUAGGGCAUACAGUGAAUAUGCAAUGUGUUGUUCUUAAUCAACAUGGUAAAGUUCAAUGGCGUGCAAAGAAAAUACUUCUCGGUUACGACCGAUCUAUUCCAGGUUAUUCUAGAUUCAGAAUAAUUGGAGACGUUGGACGAGGAGAGCAUACACUACAAAUUAUAGAUGUUCAACGUGAUGAUGCUGGAGAAUAUGAGUGUCAAGUUACUCCGGUACCAGUUAAUAAUCAUCCCUUGUUAAGAAGAAAAACAUAUCUUGAAGUUCUCAUUAAACCGAAUGAGCCUCAAAUUCUCUACCAGAAUGUUCAGUUACCAGACAAGAAAUUGAUAAUAUCACAACCUGAUCCAAUUGCACGUAUCACUUUGGUUUGUAUUGCUGCUGGUGGACGACCAGCACCUAGUUUCAAAUGGUUACUUAAUCGUCAUGAGAUUCCAAAUUUAGAGACAAAACCCAAAACAGGAAUGAGUCCUGGGGAAAUAACAAAAAUAAACAAUUUACUUAAAGUAUGGGGAAAGUUGCAUCCGACUAUCAGUGUUGAAAAUGAUGGAGAUCAAUCAACUUUGAGCAUACUGAAAGCUGGUUUAGAAGAUGGGGAUGAAAUAAUGUGCAGUGUAUCAAAUGCUGCAACACAAGUGCAUCAUGAUGUACUCAAACGUAAUUUAUCGACAGCAGUUACUGUAGAUAUUCAUACUCCUCCAGGUCCUCCAAAAAUCAUCACUCCUGAAACAAAUCAUGUUUUCAUAGAAGGCGAAGAAUUACGUGCAAUUUGUAUUACUUCACCGCCUGGAAAACCUUUAGGUGGACUUUUUUGGAGAUGGUUAGUUCAACCGAGUCAAGUUGAUGAUGAUGAGAUUCAAAGGAUUAGUGGUAUUGGAGGGAAAGGUGGUGCUAGACUAAGUGACUAUACUUCAGUUGAUGCUUAUUUACGCAGUUUAGAUGCUGGUGGAUUACCACGAAAUCCAGAACAGUCUAGUCAAUUAAGACCGGGAGAUUUGAUUUCUGAAGAUGUUCAACCAUUACAUUAUUCGCUGACUAAAGAAAAAGACCAACUUGUGAAUACAUUGACUAUUCAACGAAUAAGUCGAAGAUAUCAUGCUGCUAAACUUGUUUGUGAAACAGGACAUCCAGUGGGUACUGCUCAUCAGACAAGCAUUACUGUAUAUGUAAAACAUGCUCCUGCUAAUGUUUCAAUUUCCGUUGACUCUGGAGGUCUUCAUGAAGAUGAUUCCAGUGGACGUCAAGAAAUGGUGGUAUACGCACGUGCAGGUGAAACAAAAACGUUUACGUGUAAAACAGCUCCAUAUUAUGGUCAGGCAACAAUAAAAUGGUUAUUUCAAGCAUCUGGUAAUAGUAUUACUACACCGCCUAAACAGAUUAUGGAUAAAGCUGUUACAUAUAAAACACCAGAUGGUGAAAGUACAUAUCAAGAAUCACAAAUUCAGAUUAAUGUUCGUGCAGAAGAUGACAGAAGUUAUAUAGACUGUUUAGUAUGGAGUGUUGGAGAUGCACGUAUUGAUGCUAGAGUUCGUCUAGAUAUUAUCUAUCCUCCAGAUGUGCCUAAAAUUACCGGUUAUAAAAGUGAACAGCCGAUUAAUAUGGCUCAUCUUCUGGAAUUAACGUGUACCACUAAGAGUGGAAAUCCACGGCCUGAACUACAAUGGUUUAAAGAUAAGAAGCCAAUUCCAACCACUGGAGAAGUGAUUACUAUUGGAAAACAAACUAGUAUCAAAUUGAAAGUUGUCCCACAAAAAGAAGAUAAUGGUGCUCAAUAUCAAUGCUUAGCUAGAAAUACAGCUACAAAUGAUGAAUGGAUAAGCAGUGAGGCAGUUGUUUUGAAUGUUUUAUUUCCACCACAACGUGUAAGCCUCAGUUUUGGGAGUAAAUCAGUAGUUCAUAGUGGUGAACAGUUGGUUAUUAAUUGUCAGGCUGAUAGUUCUAAUCCAGUUGCAGUUAUUACCUGGCGUCAUUAUCAAUGUGGACCAGCGCAUGCAUUCUAUCGUCGUCAUUUAUUGCAACAACAACAACAGCAACAGCAACAUCAACAAAAGUUAACAAAUGCUAUCAGUACUAGUGAUGGUGAAAAGUGUAAAUUAUUAGAAUUGAAAGGUUCAGACGAAUCGCCAGUCCCUGGAGCAUCAGGUGGUCUACAAGCAAGAAGUCAUUUAUGGUUACGUCCAACUUGGAGAUAUCAUAUGGAUUUCAUUGAAUGUCAGGCUGAAAAUCCUGUUUACGGUCCACCAAUUUGGCAUGAUCGCCUUCAGCUAAAUGUAACUUUUGCCCCACAAUUCUACGGUCUGCAGAUUGGUGACCAAAGGGUAAUACGAGAAGGUGAAACAACACGUCUAGAUUUUGGACUGUAUGCAAAUCCACCUGUCACAUCUGUUUCAUGGUUUCGUCAUGAAGAACGGCUUCCCUUUGAACCUAAAGAGACGGGAUCAUUACAAGGUGUUUAUGCGGCUGGAUCUGUUGGCGAAUUGCUUUCAUUGUACAAGAUUAACAGAAACAAUAUGGGGAAUUAUACAGUCCUAGCUUCAAACGGUCAACAUGAAUCAAAAAACACAUUUUUUCUUAAUGUCACCUAUCCAGCAAGUAUUCUUGGAAAACUUGAGGAGAACAUUACACAAAUAAACAAGGAAUUUGCUACGCUUGAAUGUAAAGCAAAUGCAAAUCCAGCUAUCGCUAGCAAAGCAUUUACAUGGUAUCGUUAUUUUCCACCAAAAGGUUGGCCUGAUGAAGUCGAUGAAGGAGCCUUACAAUUAAGUGAACCAAUAUACUGUAAUGAAUCUCAGGUAGAGAAGCCUAAGAUGUCUGCUCAUUGUGAUCAACAGAAUAAAUUUCACAUCUCCAGUACAUUUGUUAUAUAUAAAGUAACUGAAGAAGAUGUUGGUAAAUAUGUAUGCGAAGUCAACAAUGGAAUAGGUGAACCAGUGAAGAAAAUUUUCAAUCUCCUUUAUCAUUUCCCUCCAAAAAUGAUUCAAUUACCAAGGUAUACUAAAGCAGCUGGAGAACAAGGCUCUAAAGUUUGGCUCACUUGUUUUAUUCGUACAGAACCAGCUCCACAAAUUGCAUGGCUUAAAGGUGGAAAACUUAUUCCAAUGGAUAUGUUGAUUCCCAUUAGAGAGUCGGAUGUGACAAAAAGUGUAAAGAAAUAUGAAAGUUUCUUAACUCAUAUACGUCCUGGAUUAUAUAAAGCUCAGUUAGCUCUUAAUGAUAUUCGAAAAAGCGAUUUUGGCUCCUAUGUUUGUCAGGCUGCUAAUAUGCAAGGUGAAGCUCAGCUGGGAAUUCAUUUGUCUGGUACAUCAACCCCCGACGUACCUUUAAAUCUUCGCCUGUUAAAUGCAACAUCUACAACUCUACAAGUUGCUUGGACUCAAGGGUUUGAUGGUGGUUCAGCCCAAACAUUUCAGAUUCGUUGGCGUGAAAUUGGCUCAGUUAGUUUGUAUAAAUAUGCUGAUGUUGCAUCAAAUGAUAAUAGAAAUGGAGUUGAAUACGUCAUUACGGGUUUGAAACCUGGAACUGAAUAUACAGUAAGUGUGAACUCUAUGAAUGCUAAGCACGGAGCUAGUGCCUACACAGAACCUGUUAAUCUAAGAACAUUGUCAUUGGAUGCCUACGGUGGUCGUGGUCCUAUUCCACCUUUAUCCAGUGCUGGAUACUCAGAUGACAAUGCACUAUUGAUUAUUGUAGCUGCUUGCAUUUUCGGUUUUGUAAUUCUUCUCGUCAAUGCUGUGGUUAUUAUCUUUUUGAUCAAACGACGUCGUCACCGAAAUAUGUUGCGACAGUGUAAGCCAGAUCAGGGAAUUACAUUGGCGAAUGGAGUUGCACUUACUCGUCAUGAUCAAUCUACGACAGAUAUGAAACAGCAUUUGCAGUCGUCGUUCAUAGAUCAAAAUGAUAAUUUUGCAGAUUCGGAUAUGAGUACAACGUGUGUUUGCUGCCCUCCUAAGAAACAAAAUCUCAUAAGCUCUGGUUACGUGAAAGCAGAUUCAUAUGGUAACUUUUCUCGUACAAAUGGGUAUACAUCUCAUGAUGUGUGUCCAAAUCAAUAUUCACAACAUAUGGCACAAGAAGUGGAUCAACAAGGACAGUUGGUGAACCAUAGUAUGACAAGUAGCAUUCCAGAUUUCAAUCAUUUAACUUCUAACCAAAUGACAUCAGUUUAUCCAGUUCGUCAAAUCACCUCACCAGGUCCAUAUUACAACAACAAUACAACAUUAAACUAUCCAAUAACUCGUCAUAGUUCAACUGAUCUUGGAAUAGGUUAUUCAUCAACAAAUCACGUUAAUCAGAUAAGAUGUGAACACGGUAGCAUAAAACACUCUAACCGUCAUGGUCAGCAUACACCAAGACAAGCGAAUCAGUAUCGCUACUUUGGAACUCUUCAAAACCCCAGCACAUAUAAUAAAAUAAUGAAUAAUAAAUCUGUAGUUGAUAACAGUAAUAUAAAUGGACGUACAUCACAAUACACUUUAGCUACUUCAACAACCUCUUGUGGUAAUCCAAUAACAGUAGGUCAUAAUGGAUUAGGUUUAACUCUAGUGAAUAAUUCAUUCCAGCUACCUACAGGCUCAUCUGCUUCUCAAAAUGUGGAACCAAAUCAAACGGCGCUGUUAGCUGAUAGUUCUACAGAAAUUCUAUCUACAGGACUAGCUGCGUUUACACAAAUUAAACGAAAGUCUGAAUUUAAUGAUAUAAACGAAAGAAGUAAUCUAAACAAUGGCUUUAUCAGCCAAAACAAUCUACCUGGUAAUAGUUCACCAAUAGUUUCUAUAAAAGUGACCUCAUUAGCAGAUCAAUUUAAUCCGAAUUCAAUAGAUUUAGGAACAAAUUUAGCAACAUUUUCAUACAAUACACCAUUUGAUUGUAAUAUGGACACAUCUUGUACACCUAUAUUCUUAUCCCUAGAUCCGAGUGCAUCUAAUUCCUUGUUAAUGUCAAAUUCAUUGAUGAACUGUCCUAUAGAUAACACUAAAGUCCUUGAAGUGAAUAGAGAAGUAUCUGUUACACCUUUGAUGAUUCAUUCACCAACCCCAGAUCAUGUUCUAGUUUCAAAUUAUGUCCCGGUGCAACACAUUUAA